AUGCCAGGCUUCAUAAACGAAACGCUCGCAAACGACAAUUCGACCACUCCGAUGUUCAUGGGACAGCAAUAUCCUGGCGUAUACAACACAGUGUACUGGGGAGCCUCUGCGUCUUCUCUUCUUCUCCUUCUUGCGGUUUGUAUAUUGCUGCAGAUCGUUUUCCACAGAAAGAACAGAAGUUCCAAAGUUUCGCCCGUCACAAUUUUACAAGUAAAAUCUGCAUGCCAGGACGACGAAAAUACAGUGGACACCAAAAUGGAUGAAGACGCUUGCCAUUGGGUCACUCGCAUCUUUGUAGACAUAGAGCGACCAAUACUGAUGGACAUCAUCAAAUGGGUUGGCAUUGGAAUGUUCACUGCUGGACUUUUGUUAUCCUCUCCCACAAGAUAUGCUUUGAUCCCACUUAUCCUGCAUGACGUGGCACAAGUCAUCCACACGCACAGACUGUAUAAUAAUGAAUUUGUGACCCAAGAUAUCAAACGUGUACACAUCACGCAUGCCUUUCUUGGCGGAUUCCCCACUGGAACCACAGCCAAGGUAGUCGGGAUUUUCUGGUUGGACGGAUUAUGGGACUAUGGAGAUGCCGGUUAUGUUAUUGCACUUGCACCCCAUUCAAUCCUUGUCCUUGCGUGCUUCCCGAUCAUGAUUUCUGCUUUCAUUUUCAUGUGCUGCAAGUGCCGUAAAUGUAAACUAUGUGGUGAUAGAGGGUUCGUGGUUGUUUGCUGUGUAUUUUACGUUGUCUCCAGUAUUCUUUGGCUGUUGGGUACAUUUCUCUUCAUCGCCAGGUCACCGCACGACAUGCUAGGCAUCACGAAGACAUGUGCUGCCAUCUAUCGGAUCAUCAAACAGGGUUUUGAUAUGGAACCACCUUUUGCACUUGGCUUUGCAUUUGUUUUCCUUGUCGUCCUUAUAAACAUUGCCGUCACAUACGUGUGCGUUGGCAAAAAUGGAAGAUUGUUGAAAGUGUUUCCAGAAUUCAUAGACGCAUGGAGUUUUGCUUGGUCGGCUGUCACGCUGGUCUAUUUCAUGGACAACCCAGGAGCCGCCAGCGCAACCCAUAUGAAGCUGUACGUGGCGUUGCCAUUGCUGAUGUCUUGUGUAGUUGGCAUUUUCGUUGAUGUAUUCCGAAUUGUACAUUUUGCCAAAGAGAGGAGAAAAUUACAUGCAGAAUUCGAAGUUACAGUGCAGCAACUGGGGGAAGCUAGCAAGAAAACGGUUUUAGAGAAAGAAGAAGAUUCUGGAAUCGAGUCAGCCCCAGUGCCCGUAUGUGGAACGUGAACGUCAACGUGCUAAAUAUACUGACACAUUCUUUACAAUAUAAACCUUUGGUUACUGCAUGUAAUACUACCACUGGCAUAUUUCAUCACGCCAUUAUAUCUCUAUUACCCCAGCAUCCUGUACAGUUUAUCUCCGUUUAUUAUUCCAAAGACCACAUGCAAAAAUACUGCGAGUUCUUCAAAUUCAUUGCUAAGAAGAGAUACCGCAAGCCAUUGUUACGCUGACUCGCAGGUACAAGCGCUGGGUGUGAAAAUGAUUUUCUGCCUAAAGUGUACAUCUUGCCUACUGCUGCUUUUACUAUAUUUCACAGGAAAUAAUAGCUGUGGGCUACCAGGAACAGCUGUUCCAAAUAUAACAGGACGGCAUGUUUAUAUACAUGUACUAAUUUAUAAGCGUCACCACAGACCAAAUGUAGUUACAGAU